AUGGCCAAUGGAGGAAAACUCAACAAGCUGAUCAAAUCAGCUCUCAAGAAAAUCAUGCAGUCUUUCAAGCCUCGAAAGGCUAACCGCAGCCCAGUUCCCUCGGUUGCCAAUAACUCCAAUGGCGCUUCCAUGGAAAGCUCCUCCGCAGCAAUCAGGGAAGAGUUGCAUCCGGUCUAUGUUGGUAAGUCUCGCCGCAAGUAUCUCCUCCCAUCUCGGGUCAUCGAGAACCCAGUGUUCAGGGAGCUGAUGGACCAUUCCUCCGGCUUCUCCGACUAUUGCAUUACGGUGAAAUGCGAGGUUGUGCUCUUUGAGCAUUUGCUCUGGAUGCUUGAGAAUGGUGAUCCUCAUACUGAAUCCUUGGAUGAGCUGGUGGAACUUUAUUCAUGUUAA